UCGCGCGUCCAUCACCUUUUUGGCCUCCAAAAAGGAAAUCUAUGCUUUGUUUCAGUCCUCUGAUUUUAGCUCCUGUCACUCUCUUUGAUCUGCCCUGCUCGAACAACUCAAGACCAGAUUUCCUCUAGGGUUUCUGCCUUCUCGCCUAUCUCUCAUGGCGGCUGCAGCGGCGGGCGGGGUUGGAGUUGGGGCGGAUCAGGGGGUGCAGAUCCACAGGUUUCGCGGGCUGAGGUCGUCGGGGUUGAUUCCAUUUGGGCGAUCUUCCCGGAGCUUAGCGGUGGCGUCCUCAUCGAGCUCUUCCUCGGUUGUCACGGCUGUUUCCACCCCUAUAAGGCCAGAUACUUCUGAGGUAAAGCGAAGCAAGGUUGAAUUGUUCAAGGAGAAAAGCAAUUUCCUUAGAUAUCCUCUAAAUGAGGAGUUAACUUCAGAAGCUCCAAACAUAAAUGAGGCUGCCACCCAACUGAUCAAAUUUCAUGGAAGUUAUCAACAAACUAACAGAGAUGAACGUGGUGUCAAGUCUUACCAGUUUAUGCUUCGUACAAAGAAUCCGUGUGGGAAAGUACCGAACAGGCUCUACUUGGUUAUGGAUGAUCUUGCAGAUGAUUUUGGCACAGGCACUCUCCGCUUGACCACUAGACAAACAUUUCAACUGCACGGUAUCCUGAAGAAGAACCUCAAAACUGUAAUGAGCACUAUUAUUAAAAACAUGGGCUCAACUCUUGGUGCAUGUGGUGAUCUGAACAGAAAUGUAUUAGCUCCUGCAGCACCGUAUACCAAAAAAGAAUAUGUCUUUGCUCAGGAAACUGCAGAGAAUAUUGCUGCACUCUUGACACCACAGGCUGGCGCAUAUUAUGAUCUAUGGAUAGAUGGGGAAAAGAUCAUGUCAGCAGAGCCCCCUGAAGUAGUCGAAGCUCGUAAUGACAACUCACAUGGGACUAAUUUCCCUGAUUCUCCAGAGCCCAUCUAUGGCACUCAAUUCUUGCCUAGAAAGUUCAAGAUUGCAGUGACUGUGCCUAUUGACAACUCUGUGGAUAUCCUGACAAAUGAUAUUGGUGUCGUCGUAGUUUCUGAUAUUGAUGGAGAACCUCAAGGCUUCAAUAUUUAUGUAGGAGGAGGCAUGGGAAGAACACACAGGGUGGAGACCACAUUCCCUCGUCUGGGAGAGCCUUUAGGUUAUGUACCAAAAGAAGACAUCUUGUAUGCUAUAAAAGCUAUUGUUGUUACACAAAGAGAAAAUGGGAGGAGAGAUGACCGCAGGUAUAGUAGAAUGAAGUAUUUGAUUGGUGAAUGGGGGAUUGACAAAUUCCGCACAGUCGUCGAGCAGUAUUAUGGAAAGAAGUUCGAGCCAUUCAGAGAAUUACCAGAGUGGGAAUUCAAGAGUUACCUUGGAUGGCAUGAACAGGGUAAUGGUGCAUUGUUCUGUGGAGUACACAUUGAUAGCGGGCGUAUAGGUGGGAAUAUGAAGAAAACACUAAGAGAAAUAAUUGAGAAGUAUAACUUGAAUGUGCGGAUUACACCUAACCAGAACUUGAUCUUGUGCGACAUUCAUCACUCAUGGGAAGAACCUAUCACCGCAGCACUUGCCCAAGCUGGUCUACUGCAACCUACGGAAAUUGAUCCUCUUAAUUUAACUGCAAUGGCAUGUCCUGCACUGCCACUUUGUCCACUAGCAAUAACAGAAGCUGAGAGGGGGAUACCACAAAUUCUUAAAAGGAUUCGAGCUGUAUUCAAUAAGGUAGGCAUAGAGAACAAUGAGUCAGUUGUGAUAAGGGUAACAGGCUGUCCCAAUGGGUGUGCAAGACCCUACAUGGCCGAGCUAGGACUGGUUGGUGAUGGUCCCAACAGCUACCAGGUCUGGCUUGGUGGGACACCUAAUCAGACUUCAUUAGCAAAAUGCUUUACGAACAAGGUGAAGGUCCAAAACCUAGAGAAGGUUUUGGAGCCAUUGUUUUACGGCUGGAAGAGCAAGCGCCUGCAGGGUGAAUCAUUUGGCAGCUUCACGACUCGGAUAGGUUUUGAUAAAUUGCAAGAGCUGGUAGAGAAGUGGGAGGGUCCAUUGGAGACAGCAUAGCAGUUUAAUCUCAAGUUGUGGAUGGUAGACAUAUAAAAGCCAUGGCUGCGUUAAUACAGUAGCAGAAUAAGGCCACGAAUCCGGUUGGCCAUGGAGGUUAUUUGCAGCUGUUGCAGCUCAACUGAAUGGCAGAAGUUUACAAUAUGAUAUGGGAACUGAUCUGAAUCAGGUUAUUUGCAGCUGUUGCAGCUCAACUGAAUGGCAAAAGUUUACAUUAUGAUAUGGGAACUGAUCUGAAGUUUUGUUCCUAAAGCUGCUGAGGCAAUUGAAUGUUUUCUUUCUCUUGCACUUUGCUUUCAGUGGUUGAAAGUUUAAAGCCUAAGAGCUCGUUGUUUGUGUUUGUUGUCGAGUGAUUAGAAGCGAACCUACUUAAACUAUUACUGCUGAGGCAUAAAGCCUUUCGGGAUACAGCUGCAACAAUGAUUCAGUAUUUUGCUAUA